GAAAAGAAAAAGAAAGGUAAAUAUUGGCAUGAGCAACAUCAACAUGGGCUGUCUCCCUCAGUUUACCAAAAAAAAACAUCAACAUGGGCUGAGAUUACCCUAGACUCCUGUAUUACUCUGUUUUAAUGUUUGCAUAAAAUUUUCGAUAUAUUGUCCCUUUCUGUAACUAGAGAGUGCAAGUUUUUGGACUUAGGUUUAUGGAGUGUGAGGCUAAGGUGGAGAUUGUUUAUUAUGACCAUGCCAAAUCUCAUGGGUUAUUGGGUUGACCGGGUCUUCAUAGUGGGUUAGAAGAAAAGAAAAAAAGUAGUGGGUUAGAAAAGUUGGCCAAGACUUUUUUCGAAGGGUCUAUGAGUUUACAAGAAUAAAUGUGAUUGGGGCGAGUACGCAUUAAAGUCCUGAUUCCUAACCAAAGUAAAAGGUGAAAGAAAGAAACAUAUAUGUGUACAUUUCUACAAACAUGUUUUCUAUACCAUUGUCCUCUCAAGCUCAUAUACUAUUCUUAUCAUUUAAUGCAAUGCUAUAAAUAGCUUUAUCUUCUCGUCUUUCUUUUUUAUGCAUCUCCUUCGAAGCUCCAAAUUUCAAACACAAGUGCCUUGUCUUCCGACUUUUCUUCUCUUCAGGUUCCUGAGAUAAGGGUUCUUCUUCUUCUUUUUUUCUCUAAACCGGAAAAAAAGAAAAGAAGAAAAGAACAUGGAUAUGCAUUCUUUUCUAAACUCAUGCUUUCUUUUGGUCCUCCUCUGUCUUCUUAAUAUUUCCACCAUUAACUCAGCGAAGCCAUUAAAACAAGAAACGGUGCUUUUUGGUGGGAAGUUUCCGGCUUUGUAUGUUAUUGGAGAUUCAUUGGUUGAUUCAGGAAACAAUAAUUAUCUUGCGACAAAGGUCAAAUCGAAUUUUACACCUUAUGGUUCUGACUUUGAAGGUGGUAAAGCUACCGGACGUUUUAGCAAUGGCAAAACAAUUGCUGAUUAUAUUGCUAUCUAUUAUGGUCUUCCUUUGGUUCCUGCUUACAUGGGAUUAUCUGAAGAAGAAAAGAAUAAUAUUACAACUGGUAUUAACUAUGCUUCUGCUAGUUGUGGGAUUCUUCCUGACACAGGAAAGUUAAUGGGAAAAUGUCUCUCGUUAAGUGUCCAAGUCGAUCUGUUCAAGGAGACCAUCGCAAAUAAUCUGAAGAAGAACUUCAAGAAGUCAGAGCUCCGUAAACACUUGGCUGAGUCGUUGUUUAUGACCGCAAUUGGGGUUAACGAUUACGCGUUCUUUUUCAAUAUGACAACCGAUGCGAAUGAGUUUGCAAACAAGCUUCUUCAUGAUUACUUGAUACAAAUAGAGAGAUUGCACAAGUUAGGAGCAAGAAAGUUCUUCAUCAACAACAUUAAACCAUUAGGAUGUUACCCAAAUAUGGUAGCUAAGACCGUGCCACGUGGAAGCUGCAACGAUCCUUUGAACCUUGCGAUCAGCAUAUUCAACACUAAGCUUAGAAAAAGCUUGUCUCAUAUGACGCAAAAAUUCAUAAAGACAUCCUUUUUAUACUCCGAUUACUUCAACUACAUGUUGGGACUAAGAGGACCAUCAAGCAAUCAAGUUGGUUCCAGUCUACUGAACGUGACUAGCCCGUGUUGUCCUGACGUUUAUGAUGGAGGUUUAAUCACAAGCUGCUCGCCCGGUUCGAUCGCGUGUAAGGCACCCGAUACUCAUAUUUUCUUUGAUCCGUUUCAUCCUACUCAAUUGGCGAAUUAUAUGUACGCGAUUGCAUGUUUCCACGAGAGGAGUAUUUGCCAUGUGCUGAAAAAUUAACUUUAGUCGGCAACAAUCUUUUUUGUUACCCUUGUCUUAAACACCAAUUUAGUUGUUGUUUCUUGCUUUCAUCAUCACUCCUUUGAAACAAUUUGCUAUUGUAACUUUUAAGAUUACCAAUUUGGCAUACUUGGGGAUUAAGCACUCUAUUUUUUUUUUUGUUUA